AUGUUUUUAAGAUAUUUUCUGGUUGCAAAAAUUAUCACCAAAAAUGAUGGUGGUGUUUUCAAUAAACUUGUCACAUUAGUUAAUCAACAAAGAUCCUUUGCAUUUAAACCAACUGCUGUAUUGUUUAAAUCAAAAAAGAAGAAAAACAAACAACUGCAGAUUGAUCAAUUAACUAAUGCUCUUACUAAAACUACAACUCAAUUGGCUACACAAAUUGAAACUAUUCAACAUAAUCAACAAGAGAAGCAGCUGCAACAACAAGAAUUGAAUGAUAAUCCAAAAGUUGAAAGUUCACCACAAACCUCCUUGGAUCCACUUAUCGAUCUUCCAUUUGUUCCAUCUAGUCUCAAUUAUUCUCUUAACAAUAGCAAUUUGGCAAGUAUAAAACGUUUAAUAAAAUUGAGUAAACCAGAUUCAACUAUUGAUGAUGGUAGUAAUAAUUGGACUUUUUUUGAAACGGGGUUAUUUUGGUUUAAAGAUGAAUUACACCAAUUUGAUAAAGAGCUUAAUUUUGACACUAUUACCAACACAGACGGGUUGACCAGUUAUAUUACUGACAAAAUAUUAGAAUUAGAGAUUCAAAUCGGUGAACAGUUAGAAAAGAAAAGUAAGGAAAAUGAUAAUUAUGUUGUUAAUGAAAACUAUUUCAUCAAUUUGAUAAAACUUAUUCGUUAUAAAGAAUUAUUCACUAUUUUAGAGAAACUCAAAGAUAAUGAAUCAUUAUCACUAUUAAAACAAUUUAAAAAUAUUAUCAAAUUAUCCAAAUAUCAAUAUUAUAGAUACUUAUCAAUCAACGAAUUUCUUAGCAAUAAUGGCAAAACAGGUUAUAGCAAUCUGGAUGAUCUUAGUAUGGAUGAGUUUUAUUAUUAUUUGAUAUCGACAAAUACAAUCAAUAUUACACAAACCGAUAAUUACUAUAAAAUUUGUCCGAAAUUAUAUCAAAUUUCACAAAGUUCAAUUUUCCCCAGUAAUAUAAUUGCCAAACAAUUGUUAGAAAUGAUAACUGAGUUGAAAUUAAGAUAUGGUAAAGAUGAAACAAUCAUGCCAUGGCAAAAAGUUAAUAAACAAGAGAUCUCUUUGUUACCAUUACCAAUUUAUCAUAUUACUAAUGAUUCCAUUAACAAUUAUAUUUUCAGCUUUUUGGUACUGGUUGAAUUUGAUAAUUUUGAAAUUUUAAUGGAUGAUGCUUGUUUUGGUGAUAUUUAUAAAUUCAAACAAGCUUUUGGUCUGACCCUUGUUGAACCGAGUAAAAAAACUAUGCUUUAUAUUAUAUUACAAGAUCAAAAAAGAAUCAGAGAGUUGUUUAACGAUCCUAGAAUUUUCGAGUCUUAUCGUGAGUUGUUAUCAAAGCAAAACUGA